AUGCAAUUGUCAAUAACCAGAGCGGAUAAAAAUCACCAGAGUUACAUUUAUCAGUCGGGAAUCAUCAAUGAAGUUCUGUACGAGACGAAAGACAGAAUUUUAAUUCGUCAGGAGGCUUUUGAUAGACGUGAAAAGGAUUUCGCACGAUUUUACAAUGUUCUCGUCUGUGACAGCUACAAAUCCUUCAAUAAGAUUCUAGAUGUGAUGAGCGUUGAAACGUACGAUUAUACUGGAUUUUACACAAUAAUUAUGACUGGAAUUGCGGACAAUUACACGGAAAUUGCUGGGAAAAUGUUGGAAGAAUUCUGGCUGAAGAAUAUUGUGAACGUGAAUGUCGCAACUUACGCCAAGAAUGACACGGAAAAGGCCAUCAUGUACACCUACUUUCCCUUCACGCCUUCGCACUGUGGCCGAGUGAAGCCGGUCGUUUGGGGUGUUUUAGAGAAUGGAACCUUCACGACAAAUGGCUCCAUCUUCCCGGAGAAAGUAAACAAUUUGCACAGAUGCAAUCUCACUGUUGGAACCUUUGACUUCCCGCCGUACAUGAAACUCACGCCGCACGGGAAUGGCAGCUAUUACUAUGACGGAUUCGAAGGCAUUGUCACGAGAGUUCUUGGGCAGCGCCUGAAUUUCUCCUUGAUCCUGAAAACGGACGACGCUCGAUGGGGUUGGAUUUCAGAAGAUGGAAAGAAUUCAACAGGAAUCGGCGGAAUGGUAAAGAAUUCAGCCUGUCUAAGAGCGACCACAGACUUGCGGGUUACCCUCGAAUCGACGGGAACUGGGAUCAAUCCUCCGUGGAUGAGCUUGGAGUGUCUUCUUCGUGGCGAAGUUAACUUCACCGUUGGCUCCUUCGCUACCACCUACGCCCACUAUGGCUUUCUAACUACCACCAUUUCCUACCACGCCACAUCCCUAACCAUGUUAAUACCGCCUGGCAGACCUUACACGCCCUUGGAGACGCUCUUCCACCCCAUGAAGUACAUCAUCUGGAGCUGUAUCGGAUCGAUAUUCAUUGCGUCUGCUGUACUUGUGGCAGCCACGCAAUUCACGACGCCCCAAAGAAGGGCGUUCAUCUUCGGACAUGGCAAUCAUCAUCCCUUCAUCAACACCAUCAACGUCUUCCUCGGCGGAUGCGUGUCAGUGACGCCGAGGCGGAACUUCGCCCGAUUCCUCCUAAUGGUGUGGAUUCUCAUGAGUCUUGUGAUUCGGAGCAGCUAUCAAGGUGCCCUUUUUAAGAUUCUCAAGGAGAAUCGGAACGCUUCCGCGGCAGACACGCUGUCGAAAAUGCACAAGCAAGGCCUGAAGAUAUACGGCGUCGAUAGCUUGAAGAAGUACUUCACCACGGAACCCUACAACAAAAUGUACGUUCCUAUCUCUGCGCAGGAGCUGGACGAUUAUCGCGAGAGAUCAAGCUCGCCGGAUUUUGAUGGAGUCGUUGUGACGCCGGCUCUGAAUAUAGCUUACUUGAACGAAAAGCACUCCAAUGAACAUGUCCAAUAUCGACGAGCCAAGGAGCAAGUUGUUACGCUCUAUUAUUGCAUUUUCCUGAGAAAAUAUUCCUAUCUAAUGAAGCCUUUCGACAAGGAACUGUGGAAGUAUGUCGAAAGCGGACUCAUUAAUCGAUGGACAUCGAUUUUCUACAACAUCAAGUAUCUCAAGGAGGUGGAGAGAAAGAGUGGUCUAAAACCACUGACCUUGGAUCAAUUGAGUGGCAUAUUUGCAGCUUAUGCCAUUCUAUUAUCGCUCAGCUUCGUGGUUUUCUUGCUGGAAAUGCUGUCGCGGAAGUUACGCUUUCUGGCCCAAUUAUUCAAUUUUCUCAAUUGAGCACGCAAAAUGUCCAUUUCAAUGCUCAUCACUUUGCCUUACUCGCAGCCAAAGGGGGAGAUAAUAUGCCUUAAAUCUGUACAAUUUGUUCACAACAAGACUAAGAUUACAUCUGACUUAAAUCUGACUGAAAUCUAACUGAAAUCUAACUAACAACUUCUAAACUCACGUUUUCAUAUAUUAUUUUAUGAUUUUCAUCCGCUAAAAUUGUACUUUUUCGUAUUUUUUUUUAAUCAACAGCCUUUUAUUUAAUUUAUUUUUAUAUAAAAAAAAAUUGAGGUUAUAUUUGACUUCAUCGUUUUCUUUCCUAAAAUCACGAUUU